AUGCCCUUUGUUGAAUUUAAUUUAGAUAUUAUACUAAAAUACGGAUAAGCCUUGUACUUAGCCAAUUCUCAAUCAAAUUGGGUUGUUGAUAGAAUGUGUCGUAUGAAUUGUAUAUAGGUAAAAUUAUGUCAGUAGAUUUUAAGGAUUCUCUAUGGUAAAUAUCAUAUGAUGUAUUUCAAAACCCUUUUGAAUAUAAAUAUGCAAUUGGAGAUUACUUUCUAUAAAGUUAAAGUUAUAUUUAAUGGGAGAAAGGUCCAAAUCGUAUUUUAAAUUGGAAAAAUGAUAUAGCAAUGACAAUAAGUAUAAAGUAAUUCAUUAUACUAGAAAAUAAAUGGGAACAAAGGAAAAUUUAAUUUCUCCUGUAAACAGAUUCCUAAGCUUCGGUCGUAAUCCUUAUGAGCAAUCAUGAUUUCAUACAAAAAAAAUUAAAAAAUAAUAAAGAUAUGAAAAAUAAUUAGAAAAUCUUUCACAUGAGCUAUUAUAUAGACAUAAAUAAAAUCAUUUUGGGAAUUGAAGUUCAAUAUUAUCUUCUAACUAAAGGGAAAUGUAUAUAAUCUUAUUAUUUCAAAGAUCCUAAUGAAUUCAUUAGCAAACCUUUUACUUUUAGUCUCGAUGACUAAUAAUGUUUCCAUUCAAAAGACCUUUAAUUUACAAAAAUUUCAUCAUGA